UUGCAUUCGUUCCUUUGGUGUCCGACCUUGCUUCCGGCCGCUCAGUGCGCAGGCGCAGAACUCGAACCAAGAUGGCUGCCCCCGUGGACCUGGAGUUAAAGAAGGCUUUCACAGAACUACAAGCUAAAGUUAUUGAUACUCAGCAGAAGGUGAAGCUUGCAGAUAUACAGAUCGAACAGCUAAAUAGAACGAAAAAGCAUGCACAUCUUACAGAUACAGAAAUUAUGACUUUGGUAGAUGAGACUCACAUGUAUGAAGGUGUAGGGAGAAUGUUUAUUCUUCAGUCCAAGGAAGUAAUUCACAACCAGCUGUUAGAGAAACAGAAGAUAGCAGAAGAAAAAAUUAAGGAGCUGGAAGCACAGUUGUAUUCCACUACAAUCAUGUACCACAGUUUGUUCGGCCAUUCCCCGAUUGCAGAGAAAAUCAUACCUCGAGCGCAGUGUGAAGGAUGCAGAGGACAACAUUCGGGAAAUGCUGAUGGCCAGAAGGGCACAGUAAAAUGUACCACAAGAAAACCUUUAUUCGACCCCCUUCCUCUGCUCCUGGUGGUAGGGCAGAGCAGCAGACUCUGGUGUGCUUUAACCUGGAGGACGUUUUGGAAACUCUUGCUUUUAUUUGGACCAUUGUUAGGCUGCUGCCUUCACCGUGGUGACCUCCUGCACCUCUGGCUGAGCCAACUGUACAUCCUUGGCCUGGGGCUUGAUUAUGACCUGUUGAGGGUGAGAGGAGGAGGAGGGCCCUGGGCAGAGGAGGUACCCCUUGCUCAGUGACUCCAAUGUUACCAGUUUUGUUAAACAAAUAAAAGGUAUCCAUCCCCUUCUUUCAA